GCAGAUGCAGAGGCAGCUGGAAAGGUGGCACUGCACUUGGGUCGCUGGAGCUGCCACUGUUCCUAGGAGACCGAGGAGCGGCAAGCCUGCGGGGGAGGGGGAGCAAGUGGGUUGCUGCUUUUAGCAGCUGAAAGGCUGCAGGGAGCUCUGGGUAAGACAUUUUCUGCUGCCGCUGCUUCUGCGGUAGAAGCUGCUGCUAGUAAGUCAGAGGAAGGAGGAUCGAGAGGGAGGAGGCUUCAGCUGCAGCCAUGCUGAAUCACUGUUGCUGAUCAGAUCUCCCGCUAGUCUGCUGGGAAAACCGUGAGCAGAGCUAGGAUCCCCGGGUGCAUGCACAGUUCAGCGGCUACCACCCCUGCUGGGCCUCACACAAUGGAGGGUGAAAGCAUCAAGCUGAGCUCCCAGCCCUUGACACAGGCUGGGGAUGAUGAGAAGAACCAGAGGAUGAUCACCGUCAACCCUGCCCACAUGGGGAAGGCGUUCAAGGUUAUGAACGAACUGCGGAGUAAACAGCUGUUGUGUGACGUGAUGAUUGUGGCAGAAGAUGUCGAGAUAGAAGCCCACCGUGUGGUCCUGGCAGCCUGCAGCCCCUACUUCUGUGCGAUGUUCACAGGUGACAUGUCUGAGAGUAAAGCCAAGAAGAUCGAAAUCAAGGAUGUGGACGGGCAGACACUGAGCAAGCUGAUCGACUAUAUCUACACGGCCGAGAUUGAGGUGACUGAAGAGAACGUCCAGGUGCUGCUCCCGGCAGCCAGCUUGCUGCAGCUCAUGGAUGUUCGGCAGAACUGCUGUGAUUUCCUGCAGUCUCAGCUGCAUCCCACCAACUGCCUGGGCAUCCGCGCCUUUGCAGACGUGCACACCUGCACUGACCUUCUGCAGCAGGCCAAUGCCUACGCAGAGCAGCACUUUCCAGAGGUGAUGCUGGGGGAAGAAUUUCUUAGCCUAAGUCUGGACCAGGUGUGCAGCUUGAUAUCCAGUGAUAAGCUGACUGUUUCUUCGGAAGAGAAGGUGUUUGAAGCUGUGAUUUCAUGGAUCAAUUACGAGAAAGAAACCCGUUUAGAGCACAUGGCAAAGCUGAUGGAACAUGUACGACUCCCUCUCUUACCGAGGGAUUACCUAGUUCAGACGGUUGAAGAAGAAGCUUUGAUAAAGAAUAACAACACCUGUAAGGACUUCCUCAUCGAGGCCAUGAAAUACCAUUUGCUCCCUCUGGAUCAGAGGCUCUUGAUUAAGAACCCAAGGACCAAGCCCAGGACUCCGGUCAGCCUUCCCAAGGUCAUGAUUGUGGUUGGCGGCCAGGCGCCCAAGGCCAUCCGCAGCGUGGAGUGCUACGACUUCGAGGAGGACCGGUGGGACCAGAUCGCCGAGCUUCCGUCCAGGAGGUGCCGAGCAGGUGUGGUGUUCAUGGCUGGCCACGUGUACGCCGUGGGCGGGUUCAACGGCUCGCUGCGCGUGCGCACGGUGGACGUGUACGACGGCGGGAAGGACCAGUGGACGUCCAUCGCCAGCAUGCAGGAGCGCCGCAGCACGCUCGGCGCCGCCGUGCUCAACGACUUGCUCUACGCCGUGGGAGGAUUCGACGGCAGUACUGGCCUAGCGUCGGUGGAAGCCUACAGCUACAAGACCAACGAGUGGUUCUUUGUGGCCCCCAUGAACACGCGGCGGAGCAGUGUGGGUGUGGGCGUUGUGGAGGGGAAGCUGUACGCCGUUGGGGGUUACGAUGGGGCUUCCCGCCAGUGCCUGAGCACCGUGGAGCAGUACAACCCGGCGACCAACGAGUGGACGUACGUGGCAGACAUGAGCACUCGCCGCAGCGGCGCAGGGGUCGGAGUGCUCAGCGGACAGCUGUACGCCACAGGGGGGCACGAUGGGCCCUUGGUGAGGAAGAGUGUGGAGGUUUACGAUCCUGGAACAAACACCUGGAAGCAGGUGGCGGACAUGAACAUGUGCCGGCGCAAUGCAGGGGUGUGUGCGGUGAAUGGGCUGCUGUAUGUGGUUGGUGGGGACGACGGAUCCUGCAACUUGGCCUCCGUGGAGUACUACAACCCCGUCACCGACAAGUGGACGCUGCUGCCCACCAACAUGAGCACAGGGCGGAGCUAUGCAGGUGUUGCUGUGAUUCACAAGUCCUUAUGACCCGAACUGCCACUGCCAGGAGGUGGAGGAAGGAGCAGGUACUGCCUGCGACUCAGACAGCAGGAGCUCGGCAGCUGGGUCCACUUGCCGGCGAGGUCUGUGGUGGUGUAAGAGCCACUCUCCUCCAGCUUGGCUGGCUGGUGUCGUCUGUCACAGCAUGGACAUUGGCCAUCACCGGUGACCCUCCUGCUUCCCUGAGGUGCUUUGGCCUCUGCCCUGAGCAGUGGAGUCCUGACAGCCCCAUGGAGCACCUUUGGGCUGUGUUUGGUGUUUCUACAGGGACAACAGAGAACCUGGAAUGUCUGUGUGUGUGUGCGUGGGCGUGUGUGUGUGUGUGUGUGUGUGUGUGUGUGCGCGUGUGCGCGCAUGUGCGCAGAACAUGGUGUUUCACUACCUUCAGGGGUGAAGUGUGUGACAGGCUACUGGAUUUCUUUACUACUGAUCCUUCUGCUAUGCUAAAAAUCACAUCACAAAAUGUCUCUUCUGGAUUUGUCCCAUGGGGACCUGAGACUACUAAAGCUGCUGUCUUCUGAAGGUGCAGUUGGACAGGCCGGAGUGUCCGGAAAUAACUGGUGAGAAGAGCAGUUCGUUCGACCAUGCCUGCUUGUGUGACUCGAGUGCUGUAACUUUGCGGAAGAGCUGGGCCUUCUCGAAGCCACACUGUGUCACCUGUGUGCUAGACUAGGGGGAGGACGGGUCCCCUGUGCUCCUCAGCUGGCUGCUCCCGCCUGGGCUGUCCUCUGGGAAGCAGACGAGACCUGCCCAGUCUUCAGGUCUGGGCCACUGCUUUUUGACGUCAUGGAUUCCAGGUUCGGGAGAUUUUGUGUGUCUUUAGCGGGGAAAACUAGCUCUUCAGAAAAGCCCCAGGUAACACACUGGAGAAAAAAAUACACAAGAAGGAAACAAAACCAAAGUGGCAAGGAUUAAGUCCCUGCCCAUAAUGGUCUCAGAGAGGGAUCCUACUUCUGGGUUUUCCCAAGUCAGGACAGUCCCUGUUUGUACUUAUUAUCCAGGCUUAAUUAUUCAUAGUGUCCCAUCUUAUUCUCAAAAUGGUUCUGGGUUGGAGGAUAAGUAAAAGGUCACCCUCCCCCCAGACCUAAAGAUAGGUCUGUCCCUGUGUUGGAUGGGCUGUGUGUGAUUCAGACGCUUGUGGAUGGCCUCGAAGGCAUACACCAGCUGGAACUGGCCCUCGGCACUUUGUGACGUUGGUCAAGUCUGUCUGAUGUCCUCGUCUUCCUUGUGCUUUCCCCCAGGAUCCUCCACCCCCACUUGCCCCUCCUUGCUGGGGUAGGAGAUGGCAGGGGGCCCAGAUUUGAGAUCUCUCCCAAGGGGUACUUGUAUUUUAAAAGAGGAGCUUAAUGAGAACUUUCCUAAUUCACAGGUAAAAAUUAUUAAUGCUAGAACUGCAAACAUCUAGAGGGGUGGGUAUUUGAGGGUGCAUGGAGUCAUUUGCAUUAAAAAGAAAUCUUAAAGCUGUAUUGUUCCUAAACUAGCAAAUUGCUUUUGCUGGAAUUUCCAGCAUAGGAGAGGAAGUCUCGUGUCUAGAGAAGAGUCUCAUAACUGGGGGGCUGGGGUUUAACCCUCCCUGGUGUCACGGCCUACCCACAGGAAGCCAAAGGGCUUCAUAAACCCCGAUGUUGGACUCUGACACAUCGGGGCUACUUCCAAGCAGAUACUGCGGGAGGUCAGCACCCCCAACCCUGCAGUUAGACGCCCAGGAGUCUCCCCAGCUCGUUGGCCACUUUGUGUAUUUACUGUGUAUUUAUUGUGUUCUAAAUGUGCAACUUCCCUGAAGACAAAACUUCUCUUUCCAAUGCUAAGCAGAUGUUACUUUAACAAGACAUUUGGAGAGCAAGAAGACACCUAAGAUUUUUGGAAGCCUUGGGAAAGGGUGAAAUGUCCAGCUUGGUGGGCGUGGCAGAACUGUCUCCGGAGGACUGCAGGCGUGCUUUAGUCGGAUGCUCUACGCUCACCUGGCAGUGGGGAUGACUGUGGUUUCAGAGCCGUGCCUUGCUCUGGGCUGGAAGUUGAUGGAACCAGCUUUUUGUUCCAAAUGUCGUUUCUUCCUCUCUGAUGGAGUUUUGAGGCUCGUUUGGGUGCGCCUGUGGUCAGGAUGAGAGUGGGCUUGGGACCUGCCAUACGCUGCUCACAGAGCUGUCAGUGUCAGAUAAGGUGGAGUCCCCAUGCCCUGCCCACCGCCGAGAAGCCGGACUUCCAUGCUGGUGUAGGGGAGACUAUUUUUUGUGUGUCACCAUCCCAGAAAGGGUCCCUCUCCUGAAAGCUAGCCAUCCGUGCUUCCUGCUUUUGGGUUUUUGCUGUUGGUUCCACUUGGCGUCUCCCUUCCCAGGAAGCGCUGCCUCUGCCGGUCGUGCUGCCGGGGCCACGCUCAUCUCAUCCUCACGCGUCCUUCCUCACGGGCACUGGGACACGGGCGCGUCGUCACCAAAGCCAAUCCGCUCUAGCUGCCCACAGAUGCCAUCCCAAACCCGUCUCUUCACCAGGUACGGUUCUUUCUCCUCGUUGACACAACAGACUUAUUUUCAAGUUUGUGCUGGUCACACGGGAGGUGACACCCCCUCCCGCCCCACAGGGCGGCCACUGCUGCUUGCAAUGCAUCUGUGCCCGCGAUUGCGGUGGUGACACGGAAUUGAGCCCCAAGGUUAGAAGCAGCUUAAAUGCCACUUGGAUACUGAUUUGUGCAACACAGAAGUCAGAUUCUGAAUUCCAAAGUUAAUUCUCAGAAGUACCCAAUGGCAUCUCUCAAUCUGAAAAGUUGCAGUAUUAUGCAAAUGAAAGUGACCUCAUUUUCUGCUAUGCAAUAAGAAUACUUAAUUCUAUUUCAUGACAAGCCAGUUGCAAUGUCCCCGAAGAUGCUUUUUGAGCUGUCUUACUUUGAUAUCUGUUGUGUAAUGUUUGUAUAUUUCUGAGCCAGAUCCUUUCAAAGAUUGCCUUUUUAUAAAAUUGAAGCUAUAGCUUUUAGGCUAAAAUUUUAAUGUAGAUAUUUUUAUAAGAUAAUUUUUCAAGAUAUUUGAAUUGCUUUUUAUUGUCCACAAUGAUGAAAUGUUAUGUUCUAUAUGUCAUUCACUCUCAAACAUAGUUCAUGCCUGUAGCUAUCUUCCCUUUGUUUCUCACCCUCCAAAAGUGGAUUUUUCAGUAGCUCCAGGUAGAUGAGUUGUCUUUUUUAUACCCUAUUCAAGGAAGACUGCUGAAUUUCAAAACUCAGUCACUGGUGUUUCUUGAAUUGCUAGGGACUAAUGUUAAGCUUGACUCAGCGCUUACCCAUCUAUACUGCUUGUCUAUUUUUUUUUUUUUUUUUGAGUCUGCUUUCUGCAGGGGAGAGGCUGGGUUGGCCUGUCUCCUCCUGGUGGCUGUCACUGGCUGGUGCUAAGCCUGGCACACGGUGGCACGGAGAAACCCCAGACAAAGGCCGGCCCGCGAGCACAUACUCCUGGAGUUUCCUGGGUCCAGCAGACUGCUCUUCAGUCUCUUUCCCCCUGUUCUUCUGAAGCUUCCAAUAGCUUGAGGUGUUUGCUGCCGGCUCCUGUCGCUUUUGGAAGCAUCUUGUCUCUGAACUUUGGAAGAGGGAUCAAUCCUCACGAUCCCCAUUAAGAAUGUGUUAUGUAUGCGCUUUGCAGAUGCUACGCUUACAACUUACAGCUUGUUUCUUGAGCUGUGUCUACACUCAGCUCUUUUUGUGUACUUAUCUGCCAUUAGCCUCGUGGUGGUUUUUUUUUUUUUUUUUGAAUCUUUAUUUUUAUUAUUGUUGGGACAGGUGCCAUUUAAAUUGCCUCCUUGCUUCCCGUUUGCACCUAGCUGGGUCAAGUUGGGGAUUAAGCAAAUUCAUAUUCCAGUUAGCUGGAGUUUUUAAGGCUCCAGCCUUUGCCCAGAGAAGCAAGGAGGUCGGAAUGUAUUUUUUUAAGUGUUUGCACUAUUUAGAGUCAGUCCUAAGCCCCUCAUGUUCAGCUGUGCUGUGUAUCUACUGACCAAGCAGGAGAGCUGGCAGCACGUCCAACAUUUGAGAAUGGAAGAGACUUCUUCCCCAGCGGAUAAUCGCAACCUCAUAGCCCCUGUGCACCCUCUGUCACGGGACUCAGUGACUCACGGAUACAGCGUCAGCCGUGGCAGGAAUGCAUGGGACUGUGGCAUCUGCAGAAAUGAAUGUCCCUAGUGCUAUGUUCUUGCCUUUGGCUAUGAGAUUGUACGUUAUCUUUCCCCCUUUUCAGUGGCAAUAAAGGACCCUUGUUGGACUUCUUGUUUAAUUUGUAUAUUUAGUGUAAAUUACUUUAUUUGAAAGAAAACUCAAGACGCUGAAUGUGUAUGUCCGUGUGAGUGCUCUGUCCCUGUGGUUGUCAGAGGCAGUCGGACUUGACUGCCGACACCCGCACAACAUGCCGCAUACGAGAGGUCUUUGCCCUGGUGUUUUGCGCGUGGAUGUUGGGAACCGUACAUCUUGCAAAAGAACACUUGUCACAUGCUCGAUCAGCUACAGUGAUAGCUGAAGAAACAUUUCCUCAAAUGUAUCAUUAUAACAGGAAUCGUGUUCUAGUUUCCCAUCCUUUAAUUUUAAUAAAAGCCGAACUGUGCAAACCUU